AUGAACUGCCACGCCCCCGAGACCGGAAACAUUGAGCUCUUGGCUAAAUACUGCAACGAAGAGCAGAAGAAAAAAUGGCUCCAGCCUCUUCUCGACGGGACUGCCUCCUCUGCCUAUUCCAUGACCGAGCCAGACGUGGCAAGUUCAGAUGCUACACAAACUAGCAUCAGCAUCAAGCGUGAUGGAGAUUCAUAUGUCAUCAAUCGUAGGAAACUGUACGGAAAUUGCCUAUGGAACAACGACCUCUCGUUCUACAUAUUCAUGUGCUGCACCAAUCCAAACAACCCCAAGUGGUCGCGUCACUCCAUGACCAUAGUGCCUUGCAAUACCCACGGAAUCAGCCAAGCACGCAACCUAACCAUCAUGGGCUAUGAUCACGCACCGGAGGGUCACGGAGAGUACCGGUAUGAGGAUGUCCGUGUACCGACAGAGAACAUCAUUCUCGGAGAAGGCCGAGCAUUUGAGAUUGCCCAGGGACGACUAGGCCCUGAACGGAUUCAUCACUGCAUGCGCUUGAUUUGA